AUGGCAACCGGUGGUAGGUCGGAUGACCAACAUCAGGCAAUGAUUAGCAAUGCUCCUGGCAGUUUUAAUAAAUUUAAAACUCAUCUAGAUGUUUGCAGGAAUUCCAGUGACGUUAGCGACGUGAGUUCUUCAGCGUCAGCUACUUUCUCCGUCCGGAAUGCAAGAGUGAAGUUGGAGCUGGCACGCCUAAAGGCCCGUCAAGAAGAAGAACUCUCAGCUUUAGAAGACGACUUGCGUAAGCUUCGGACAAGACACGCUUUGCAGACUGCUGAAACAGAAUCAAAGGUUUGGGAAAUGAGCGAUGACGAAUUUUUGCGGUGGGUAACAGUAGAUAGAAUUAGGCACGACAAUAGCGUGAAAUCCCGUGAUUUCCCACCUAAAUCACAGCUCAUUGAUACCGGUCGUGAAAAUACUCCACGGCGUUUGCCGACUUUGCCUACACACACAGCUGAUAGUAGCUCAGCUAAUCCUGUGCCUCCACGUUUGAAUCAUGUUUUACAUCGCAGAACUGUCGAUCUACCCAAACCAGAAAUUGCAAAAUUUUCAGGUGAUCCAAUGGAAUAUUAUUCCUUUAUCCGCAACUUUAAGGCCCAUGUUACAGAUCUUGUAGAUGAUGAUAACGUAUGUCUGAGUUAUUUGUUACAGCUGUGCCAGGGCGAAGCGAAAAAUGCCAUUGAUCAUUGCUCAAUGAUGGAACCGAGUCGCGGAUAUCGCGAAGCUAUGAGAGAGCUGAAGAAUGAAUAUGGUAAAGAUCAUGUCAUUUCCCGCACCUGUUUGGACAGGUUGAAACGUGGUCCGAAGUUGAACUUUGACGACGCGAAAGGUAUGCAAGCGUAUGCGCGACUGAUGCGGAAAUGUGGCUUAGUUCUUGGAGAAAUCAGUGAGUACGACAAUCUUAAUAAUUUUGACAAUUUGCUGGCCAUUGUUAAACGAUUGCCACCAGAGUCGCAAAACGCUUGGGAUUUCAAAGUGGCAACAAUUUUAGAAACGGAGGAUCGUGAAGCUAGUUACAACGACCUUUCUAAAUUUGUCACCGAGCAAGCUAAUGUUUCAAGAUCAGUCUUCCGUUUUGCCCGAAGAGAUGGAAGGCAAUCAAAUUAUUAUGAAAAUUUUAAGGCGAAAGGUAGUGCUUUUGCUAUUUCUGCUAGUGGUUCAAAUUGGCACUGCCCGUGUUGUAAUUCCUCUCACGAAUUAUUAAACUGUAAGAAAUUUAAAGUUCUUUCAUGGUACGAACGAUAUAACGUGGCUAGACGAAAUCAGUUGUGCUUCAAAUGCUUAAGACGAGGGCAUAUGUUUAGACAGUGCACCCAGAAUGAAAGUUGCCCCAUUCACGAUUGUAAGUAUCCGUUCCAUCAUGUUUUGUUGCAUCGCGAUCUCGAGACACCUACACGGCGAGAUGAUAUUAGUAAACAUACUUGUUCCGUCGGUACCUCGAUGAACCAUGCGGAUCACGACGUUCACGCUAAUAAAUUGGCGCCCGCAAAGCAACAAGGGAACACCGGUGUUUACACGAAUAUCGCCCCGGUGACAGUAACUGCUGGCAACAGGGCUUUUGAUACAUACGCUCUUUUGGACUGUGCUUCUACAACCACCAUGUGUAGUGUGAAAUUGAUGAACAAAUUAAAUCUAACCGGGGUGCCUAUAGAUGUUACAUUGCAAACUGUUGGUAAUCGUCCCAAAUGUGUUAAAGCAAAGAAGUUGUCCCCUCUACUCGUUAAAGAAAUUGACGGACAUGACGAUUGCAUUGAAUUGCCCAAUGUAUUGUGCGUCAGUAACUUGCCUAUAAAGCCCAAUAAGCUACCCUCGCGCAGUUCCUUGCGUAAGCUAUCCUAUUUGUCUGGUAUCGACUUUCCUCGAAUACACGACGGUGAAGUGACUUUGCUGAUAGGAGCGGAUGUUCCCGAAGUGUUUGUGUGGGAGGAAUUUAGAAAGGGUCGGAGUCAACAGCCGAUUGCGGUGAAAACCCCUCUGGGUUGGUCUCUUAUGGGUCCGUCUCUGACCGUCUAUGAAAACACUUCCAUUAAUUUUGUUGAUACAAAUCCUUUGGCGUCGCAGAUUGAGCGACUUUGGCGUACAGAUUUUGCUGACGUCCCCAGUAUUUGUGACACUAAAACUUCCCGCGAAGAUAAAAUAGCGCGUAGUUGCAUGGAAGACAAACUCAAAUUUGUUGAUGGACAUUGCGAACUACCUUUAUUGUGGAAAAUCGAUCAUCGCGAGUUACCAUGUAAUCAGUAA